UCCAACUAACCCUUAAUCCAUGUUAAUCCCAGGCGGCUGUUUGUGAGCCUUCGAUUUCAAAGGUUUGUGGUUCCUGUCAUGCCAGUAGUGAAAGAUAAAUUAUGUCUACCUGGUAUAUGGACGGUGCCGAGGAUAACCGAGGUGUUUAUACAAAACAGGGACCGGAAGGACUGCUACAGAGUGAGCGCAGGAGGAUAAAGCUGCAGAGUGACCUUGUGACCUUACAGAGGGAUCAGCGCCUUAGCCGGGCUGUGCGGCUGCAGAGACGGUGGCAGGAGCUGAGUGAGAGAGAGCGUCAGGCCCAGCAGCAGAACAGGCAGCUGCUGCAGGAGUUUGACAGAGCCCAGGACACUCUGAGAGACAUGGUCACCCGCAACGCCGCUAUGAAUACCAUAAAAGUGGAGUAUGAAAGGUAUCUGGAGGAGAGCUUCCCUCGCUGGCAGCAGCAGCUCAAACAGAAGACACUAUCUGCCCAACGCAAGCGAUUGGAGCAGCACCUGAAGGAGUGCCUGAGGAGUAUGGAGGAGGACAAUGCUGAAGAGAGGGGCUCCAGACCCCCCAUUGGAGCCCAACCUCCACUUUCUCCAUGUAACACCAACACACCCUUAUACAGUUCACCUUACCUCCCACCAACAUACCUCACUGUCAUUUCUCUUUCUUUAGGUCAUGUCCAACAGCUCCAGAAUGCCGCUGCGCAUCAAGAACACCACAACCAAAAUGGCCACCAGGACUACAUCCAAAAUGGCCACCAUCAUCCCAGCAUCCCUUCAAUUCAGUCCUCCUGGUUGAUUCAUGCUCGUUCCCAAUGGGUUGAUUCCCAAACCAGAAUGCACUCCAAACUCCAACAAAGAGACAUGACUCACCAACCCGCUCACCCCCUCCACCCCUAUGACCCCCAGUUCCUCUACCCACCUCAGCCUUACCCUGUCCAGCACCCUCAGUCCCUCUACCCCCCUCAGCCUUACCCUAUCCAGCCCCCUCAGUCCUACUCUAACCCCAGUAAACACCACAUUGUGAUCCAGCAGGAGGCACCACCGACAGGGUUCCCCAUGCAAUGGGCUGCUGGAGUCGCCACGGCUGGGCUCCAUUUCAGGGCCCCAGUGGGCCUUCAAACUUCCUGGACAAGCCCUGCCAUGCCGGAUACCCAGGGAUGGAGAAUAGUACAGGAUGUGGCGGGGGAGGAUCUGGGGAGGGUGGCCAGUGCAGCGACUAGUCCUGAAGGAGGGAGCAGUGUGGGACACAGACAGAAGAGAGAGAAGAGCAGCGAUUUGGCACAUGAGCUUGACAUCAAACCAGUGCGUCUGUCGAGUGGACAUGGAGAGAGCAGUGAGAGUAGCAGAACCUCCAGUCAGGCCAGUAAAGACAGCGUCAGUAGCAGGAAGAGGAGGAAGAGGAAGGAGAAGAAUGGAGGAAGAGCAGGACAGAGCGCAACAGACAGGUCCUCUGCAGGAUCCGGGGAGGUGGUUAUUCCUGAGGCUUCAGUAUCUUCUGCCUCCGUGGUCCGAACCUCAGAGAAGGAUGGGACAUCGGUGGUAGGGAGAAACAGGAGCAGGAUGAGUAGGGGACUGGCUAACCUAUUCAGUGCAGAGGAGUCAGGAAGUCAUAGAGAUGAAUCAGGGAGUGAUAGGGAGUGGUCGGUGAGUCAAAAGAAGGAAUCAAGUCAAAUUCAAGAAUCAGGGAGUCAUAGGGCAAAGGCAGUGGGUCACAUGGAGGAAUCAGUGAGUCAUAUGGUAGAGGCAGUGAGUCAAAUGGAAGAGUCAAGAAGUCAAAUGCAGGCGUCAAUGAUUAAAAAGGAGUCAGUGAGUCAUGGGGAGGAAGUAGCCAGUGAGAAAGAAGUAGGAGAUAAUGCCAUGGAGGCCACAGAGGGAGAAGAGGAGAGUCUGGUUGGACUCAGUGCGGAGGAGGGAGCAACAGGAGAAGAGGAGAGUCUGGUUGGACUCAGUGAGGAGGGGGGAGCAACAGGAGAAGAGGAGAGUCUGGUUGGACUCAGUGUGGAGGGGGGAGCAACAGGAGAAGAGGAGGAGGAAAUUAAACAUGACAGAGAGGGGGGGAGGGAAACAAAGGAAGAAGAGGGAAUGGGAGAACAUGAAGGCGAAAAAGAGCAAGGAGAAGAUCAGGAUGAAGGCAAUGAGGCACACCAGAGAGACAGAGAAGAAGGAGAGGAGGAGGAGGAAGAGGAAGAAGUCCAACCAGAGAGUGAGAGCGUUUCUAUAAGGGAGCACACGGCAGAGGACGAGGAAGACAGGGAGAGGGGAGAGGAGGAAGCAGAGGAGGCACAGGACUCAGAAGGGCAUGUAGAGCGCGAGGAGGUUGAACGGGGUGAUAGAGGCAUGGAUGAAGAGAGUGAGAACGAAAGAGAGGAAUCACACACUUCUCAGAACGGAGAGAUAGAAGAGGAGGAUGUGGGAGUUGGGGAUGAAAGAGAUGAUAAUGAGGAGGGGUCAGAAGGUGAAGAAGAUGGUGGUGAGGAAGAGGAAGAGGAGCAGCGUUGUCAGGAUGCUGAGGAAGACUCAGCAGCAGGGCAACCUGAGGAUGAAGAGGAGAGAGACUCUGACGACAGCAUCAUCUCACCACCAGAACACAGGUCAUCCAAAUGCCUGGCAGAGGUAGCGGAAGAGGAGGAGGAAGAAGUGAUCGGUGAUAAUGAUGAAAAUGAUGAUGGUGAAGAUGAUGAAGAUGACAAAGUGAAAGGGUAUUCAUGGUCUGUGGAUCCCUUUCCAGAUGAGGAUGAUGAUAUUGAAAGUCUUCUCGCUCCACAAGCAAAGUCUCAGGAAAAACAAGAGAAAGAAGAAAAGAAAAAGACAGUGGUCCUUGUCAAACCCAAAGCCAUAGAUGAAGACUUGGACAGUUUCUCUGAAGUAAAAGCACUUCACAAAAAGAAAGGGGCUAAUCAGGACACAGACUCAGAAGAGUUUGAUCACUUCUACGACUGACAAGCCUUGUGUUCCAGCUCACCUAAAACCUCAACAAGAUAUGAGUGACUGCAAUUCUAAUGCCAGACUUCUAAAUCCACAACACUUGAACAUGAAAUCCACAACACUUGAACAUGAAAUGAACAUUCCUUAUCUAAUGUCAAGAUGCAACGAAU